CAUAAAAGGAAAAUUUUUUUGUAUGGAGUACCGUACAUAAGGACGAUACUUCCGUAAACUACAGCCUCGUAAUGUAAAGGUCAACUUCAAGUACUGUAUGUCCUUGGUAUAUCCUAUACUUUGUCAAUAUUCACGAUGGGUCGAUAAGGUGACACAAGCCGUAACGAUCGCAAUUUUGGGGUGAAUGCGUAGCGGUCCGUCUGUUAUCGCCUGUCAGCUAGUGCAAAACCUUGUUGAGAAUGUGAGAAAAGACACGAAAAGAAUGGGUCAACGAAAGGGAUGUUGAAUCUGUAGCAGCUAUUGUAUACAAUCCGAAUACUGCUGAAUAGCUGUCAAUGAGAACAAUUUCAAUCAUAGCAUCUUCUUAAGCUUUGUAUGAGACCCCGGAAACUGAGCAAGUCAAGGGAAAAAUGAUUUCGGUCUCCCGUCUUAUAUAGCCCUCUACCUGGGCGCCGAUGUUCUCUAUUCUUUGAGGACCACCCCCUUCCACCAAGUAUGAACAUCGUCCUCUUCGGAUCCACUGGGUGCGGUAAAAGUUCCAUCAUCAAUAUGCUACUUGGCCACGACGCCGCUCCUACGUCUAGUGGUGCAGUUGGGUGUACCUUUGAAAACAGCGUAUAUGUCACUCGAAUGGAAGAAAAGGAAUACCGAAUCUAUGACACCACUGGCCUCGAUGAGGGUGAUGCUGGCACUGUUGUAUCAAAAGACGCUCUUGUUAAGCUUUAUAAGCUUCUGCGCAACUUGGAGGAUGGUAUCACUCUUCUCGUAUAUUGCAUGCGGGGUCCAAGGAUCACGGAGGCCUUGCAGCGAAAUUACAUCGUCUUCUAUGAUGGUUUCUGCCAAAAAAAAGUCCCUAUCGUCCUCGCAGUGACAGCACUCGAAGACCAGGAGCCAGAUAUGGAAUCUUGGUGGACCGAGAAUAAAGAUGCGUUCCAAAAAUACGGUAUGGAGUUCAGCGGCCACGCUUGUAUUACCGCAACCCGUGGAAAAAAAUUGAAGAAUGGAGAGUUCAGGAAUCAGGCAGAAUAUAGUGAAUCGCAAGUGGUCAUGCGAGAUCUCAUAGUCAAGCAUUGCCAGGGAGUAGAGCCUUGGAAACUUGUAGGUUUCUAAGACUUUCUUGGAUUCUGGAAGAUUGGUCGCUAAUUUUUACUUUUUUACUAGCCAACUAGAACUUGGUUCAUAUCCAUAGUGAAUUGGAUCUGGCGCUAUUUUUUCAACUGGACAGCGAGUCUCGAUAUUAUGAGCAGCUUGUACGAGGUCUUGAGGAAAUUCCUUCCUGAAAAGGAUGCAAGAGAUAUCGCUGACGAGGUGGAUUCACUAUGAAUACCUUU